CGUUGCCCUGUUGUUGGUGUCCGGCUGAGGAGGCGGAGACACAGGGUUUCUGCUGCUGUCGCAAACACAACUCCAAAUCCUGCCGGCACCCCCUGCAGUGACAAACCAAAGCUCCGUGGUGCGGCUCGUUCCCUCGGAAAGCUAGAAUUAGAUGUUUCCUUUCACAGCUUAUUUUCCCCCUGGGGAGCGUGGGCGAAUGCACCCGGCAGUCGAUACGUCUCCGCAGCUGUCCCAAGGCCCCGUGGUGACAUUUUAACUCCCUCAAGGUACACGUAAUCGAAAUAUCCUCUCGGUGUGUCUGAAUUGUCCCUGAUCACUGGUGUCAGCGUGGCCUGGCACCGACCUGACCUGAGUCAUAGUCUCCCUCAAUGUUGUCAUGGCGUCUGUGGGCGCAGAGAAAAGCUCCAUCAAGAAGAAAAGUGAGAAGAAAUUCGCAGCCAGAGAGGAAGCCAAGCUCCUAGCAACUUUUAUGGGUGUCAUGAACAACAUGCGAAAACAGAAGCUUUUGUGUGAUGUGCUUCUGGUGGUGUCAGAUCGAAAAAUCCCAGCUCACCGAGUAGUGCUUGCAGCUGCCAGCCACUUUUUCAAUCUAAUGUUUACCACAAAUAUGCUUGAAUCAAAAUCUUAUGAAGUGGAACUCAAAGAUGCUGAACCUGACAUAAUUGAACUGUUGGUCGAGUUUGCAUAUACUGCAAGGAUCUCUGUUAACAGCAAUAAUGUUCAAUCUCUCUUGGAUGCAGCAAACCAGUAUCAGAUUGAACCAGUGAAGAAAAUGUGUGUUGAGUUCCUCAAAGAGCAAAUUGAUGCUUCAAAUUGUCUUGGAAUAAGUGUGUUGGCAGAGUGCCUUGACUGUCCAGAGCUGAAGACUUCAGCAGAUGCAUUCAUUCAUCAGCAUUUCACUGAAGUUUACAAAACUGAUGAAUUUUUACAACUUGAUGUUAAAAGAGUAACUCAUGUACUGAAACAAGAUGCUCUGACAGUUAGAGCAGAAGACCAGGUUUAUGAUGCAGCAGUCAGAUGGUUAAAAUAUGAUGAACUCAAUCGACAGCAGUACAUGGUUGAUAUUCUGGCUAAAGUCAGAUUUCCGUUAAUCUCUAAGAAUUUCUUAAGCAAAACUGUCCAAGCAGAAUCACUCAUACAGGAUAAUCCAGAGUGUCUUAAAAUGGUUAUUAGUGGCAUGCGUUAUCAUCUUCUGUCUCCCGAGGACAGGGAAGAGUUGGGAGAAAGUACACGACCACGACAAAAGAAACAUGAUUAUCGUAUUGCAUUGUUCGGUGGAUCUCAGCCACAGUCCUGUCGAUACUUUAAUCCUAAGGAUUAUACUUGGAUGGACAUUCGUUGUCCAUUUGAGAAACGUCGAGAUGCAGCGUGUGUCUUCUGGGACAAUGUUGUGUACAUAUUAGGUGGUUCACAGCUUUUCCCCAUCAAACGGAUGGACUGCUACAAUGUGGUUAAGGAUAGCUGGUAUUCUAAGCUUGGUCCUCCAACACCUCGAGACAGUCUUGCAGCAUGUGCUGCAGAAGGCAAGAUUUACACAUCUGGUGGCUCUGAAGUAGGAAACUCUGCCUUGUAUCUGUUUGAGUGCUACGAUACCAGAACAGAAAACUGGCAUACUAAACCCAGUAUGUUGACACCCCGGUGCAGCCAUGGUAUGGUUGAGGCUAAAGGACUUAUCUAUGUUUGUGGGGGAAGUUUAGGCAACAAUGUAUCCGGAAGAGUUCUGAAUUCCUGUGAAGUGUACAAUCCUGCAACUGAAUCGUGGACAGAGCUUGCUGCUAUGCUGGAGGCUAGGAAGAACCAUGGAUUAGUUUUUGUUAAUGAUAGAAUCUAUGCUGUUGGAGGACAAAAUGGACUCGGUGGUCUGGAUUCCAUAGAAUAUUAUGAUAUUAAAACGAAUGAUUGGAAAAUGGUGUCAACAAUGCCCUGGAAAGGGGUAACAGUUAAAUGUGCAGCAGUAGGCCCUAUAAUCUAUGUCUUGGCUGGUUUCCAAGGUGUAGGCCGAUUGGGUCACAUUUUGGAGUAUAACACUGAGACUGACAAAUGGACAACUAAUUCUAAGGUCCGUGCUUUCCCUGUAACCAGUUGUCUUAUAUGUGUUGUGGACACUUGUGGUGCAAAUGAAGAAAAGGUCGAUACUUGAAGAAAACAUAAUUGAAGCUGCAGAAUAACAUCUGUUUUAUCAGUUUGUGCUGACUUAAACUGGUAUUUGAAGAGCUUUCUAACUCUUAAGUCCUUUGAGAUGUCUUAAAGAGAUGAUGGUAUUCGGAAUUAUUUUGAGUUAUUUUUAAAAAAAAGUCUGUUUACCUAGCAUUACAGAAUUUUUGUUCUAAAAAUUGUUGGGAGCAUUUGGAUAUUUCUGGGAAUCACUAUAGAAAGAGAUUUUGUAUUUUUUUUUUAUUUUAACAAAUCUAGAAAUUACUGUUGUCAGUAUUAGUAAACAAAUAAGGUGUUUUUCAGACAUCAAAUUAUCGAAUGUAACAGCACAGGAACGGACUAUUUAAUCCAUCAAGUCCGCAAGAGUGAUUUUCUCCAUACAAGUCACAAAGCUAAUCUCUAACUGUUCGUUUCCAUUUAUUAUAUUUUUAGGAAAUUAUCUAACUCAUUUUGCACAGCAUUUAUGGAAAAUGCUUCAAUAACGUUCUUCUGGACCCUAUUUAAAAGUAGCUAUGAACUUUUUUUAAAUGGGUUAACAUCUCUGCUAAAAUGGCACAAAGGAAUGGUAUAUGAGACAGUCAUGUACAAGAAACUGGAAACAAUAAAAGUAAAAUACUGCAGAUCAAGAGAUUUGAAAUAAUAACAAAUGCUAGAGAAACUCAACAGCGUCUGUGUUGAGAGAGUCAAAGUUAAUGUUUUGAAUCCAGUGAUUCCUGUUCUGAACUGGAGGCGCAUCUCCACAGAUCCUGCCAGUCUUGCUGUGUUUCUCCAGCAUAUUGUUUUUAUAAUUGGCAACAAUAACUUAAAUGUUAAAGUCUUCUCUAGAUAAAGUAAACAAGGAUUUUCUGUGGGCAUACAGUCCACUUAAAAGAAAACUUAACUUUCAACAUUCAAAAUGCAGAUUUAUUUCGUACAGUGAGAUAUACAUUGUAACCAGACUGUACAAGUGUUAAUUUUAGUUACUAGGAAGGAGAAUGUGGCUUUUGCAUGUGAAAAAUUUAAAGAGAGUUGGGUAUCAAAUCUGUAUAUGCUUGAAUGAUUGUUGUCACACAUAUUGAGAGCAUGGAAAAUGUUGUUUUGAAUGCUGUACAGGCAAAUCAUACCAUACAAAGUGCAUCAGUGUAGCAGAACAGAGUGCAGAAUACAAUGUUACAGUUGCAGAGAAGGUACACAGAGAGAUUAGAAUUAACAUUUGAGAGGUCCGUUCAAAAGUCUGAUAACUGCGGGGAAGAAGCUGUUCUUAAAUCUCUUUGUAUGUGUAUUCAAACUUUUAUAUCUUAUGCCUGACAGAAGAGGGUGGAAGAAAGUAUAUCUGGAACAGGAGGGCUCUUUGAUGUUAGCUGCUUUCCCAAGGCUACGGAAAGUAUAGAUGGAGUCAAUGGAUGGAAGGCUAGUUUGCGUGAUGGACUAGGCUGUGUUCACGACUCUGUAGUUUCUUGUGGUUUUGGGAAGAGCAGUUGCAAUCCUAUACUGUGAUGCUUCCAGAUAGAAUAUGAUAAAUAUUGAAGCUAUCUAGAUGACAUAUCCACAAUUGGCAAAAUUUCAAUUCCGUAUGAAAGACUAGGAUCUAGUUGAAUUUAUAAUCUUUAAUAUUUUUACAACCUGUAGUUAUUUUCCUAUAUCCUACAAGAGACUGUCAUACAGUCUGGUGAUGAUGUAUUCAGUUGUCUUCUGUAGCACUGUCAUUCCUACCAUUCUCAUUCAAUGCACUUAAUGCAUGUGCUGCAUUGUGGUUAAUUUACAUGGUUUACAUUUGUCUGUUUAACCCAAAAGUAGUAGUAAUUUAUUGCUUGUUCCAUGGGGUUUGGUUUCAAAUUCAAUAAGUCAUAAAAGUCCCCUCUAUCUGCCACGAACACCUAACUGAGCUAAGCUUGGGUGAUUCUGAAUCCCAAAUUUGGCGUACAAUUUUAAGACCUACAGAGGCAUUCAGUUUGUACAUUAAUCUAGAAUGCUUAUUUCAUGUCGUAAAAUGUUCAUUUUCACUGGCAUUAUUUAAUUCAAUCUUAAUAGCAUUUUUUAGAAAGUCGGUUGAGUGAGUGUAACCAAGUUGUAUUACUUAAUAUACUUAAUUAAGACACUCCUUCAUUAAUACUGAUAUUCUGCCAUCAAUAAUUUACUAAAUACAUUUUUCAACUUUUAAACUAAAUUGAAUUAUAUUCUUGCUGCCUCGGUAUGGUUGCUGUUUGUGUAUGGAUAUCCCAGUAACCUAAUCCGAUUUCCCAGUAGCGAGUGGACUAGUGCCUUUCCGUAUAACCUGGCCUCAGACUCCAUCUGAAAUAUAGCAUAAAGUUUUGGGCACCGACUCUCAGGAAAUAUAAAUUGGCCUUGGAGUGGGUACAGCACAGAUUCACCAGAAUAUUAGAGUUAAAAUGGUUAAUAUAUUAAGAUAGGUUGAUCUAAAUUAGUUGUUUAAAAUGAUAGUCUUGUAUCUAUCCUAUGACACUACUUCCUUUUUGAUGGGAAAUUUCAGAACAAAGGUGCUUAAUUUUUGAAUUAGAGAGUGAUUAUUUAAGAGAUUAAACCAGAAAGCAUUUUUCCUCACCAGUAGUAGAAAUUUGAGUCAUUAUUCUCCCAAGAUAUUAGGGAUGCUACAUAAAUUAACAUUUUCAAAACUGAGAUCAAUAAAAUUUUACUAGGUAGAUAUUUAAGGAAUGUGGAACAAAGGCAAGAAAAUGGAAUUGAGAUACAGAUCAGACAUGAUGCAAUAGAGUGGUGGAUCAGCAUCAAGUGGCUGAAUGGCAUUAUUGAAGUACCCUUAUGCUGAAGAGACAUUUUUAACAGAAUAAUUCUGUGAUUUUUCUCAAUGUUGGUAAAUUGCUUUAUUGUAUUGGCACAUAAGAACUAUUUAAACUAACAUCUUGUAUUUCAGCUUCAAGCAUCUCUUGUCCUAUAUGCACUGCUAAGUAGUAACGUCCUAAAUGAUCUUUUAGCUUCAGCACUUGAAGGAGAACAAGGAAUGGAAAGUAAAUGCCAGUUCCUAUCAACUAUUUAGGAGUAAUAGCAAUACAGUUGAAUCUGAAAUGAUUCGGGAAAUUAUUCCGUGUGAGAUUUUAAUACUUAGAAUGCCCUUUUUCCCACUUUCAAGUCUUCUCUAGCAUAUAGCUUUAACUAUGGCAUUGAAUACCAACACAGUACAACAUUAGCUCAAUUUAAAUGGUUUAAAGAAAUUAAGUAUGGGAAAUAUACAUUUAUACAAAAGCAAUAUAUUACAGAUUCUCGAUGUAAUAGUCAGAAAACCAGAAUGCAGCAGGACAGAUAGCGUGUUUGGAGAGAGAUGAUUUCUCAUCAGCCCUUCAACUAAGUAUUUUCUGUUUAAAUUUACUUUUAUUACAUUUCUUUUUUUUUUGUCUUUUAUGUCCAGCUAAUUAGCCAUUGCCUAGCAGAUUCAGUUCUCCCGCUCAAAAAUGUGAAUUGAUUUUCUGUCUCAUUUAACUAGUUUAUGGAAAAAAUCGGAUGAGUUCCUGAUGAGGAAUUUUUGAAGCAGACUUGAAUCUGAUAGUCACCUAACUUGUUAAACAUAUAUUCAAUGAAAACUCUGAACAUUGCCUAAAAUAUUGAUUAAGAAUGGAUCCACGUGAUUACUCCAUAUUAAAGACAGGUUAUUCAAAUGUGCCUCUGGAGCUUGAAGAAUGUGUCUUCCAAAGUUUUAAAUGCUUUACCUCAAUAAAAGAAAUUUUAGAACAAACCAUAAAAUGUUUACUUUUUAGCCUAAUGUAGCUUCAGUUCAGUUGAGAUUUUAUCCUGUGGUUUAAUGUUUUCCAUUGUGUUUUGUAUCACUCAUUAUAGUCCUGCAACUGUCUGUUGCUUUGGAUUAGGAUAGUAGGAACUUUGGCAUAGGUUUUGGGUAGCUUCAUAUACUUGUUAAUUUUUCAACAGAUCAGCAUUUAGCCUAUUCAAUGUGCCUCGCAAAGAUGCGUGACUAAGAUUGGAGCAUGCCCUGUAGAUAUCAAAUAUGGACCUGUACUUUAUAUUCAGUUUAAAAAAAAACUGUGGCAAGAAAGUUUCUUUUUCUUUUAAAGAAAGUAUUUUAAUUUCAUAUAAUCAGGACUUUCUGUUCCAUAAGUUCAGGUGAUCUUUUGACAAAAUUUGUUUUUGUUGCAAUCACAGUAAUGGCAUUGGUGUGGAUAUUCGUAUGAACUGAUUAUGAUGUGUAGGUCCAACCUUUGAAAACUCAAAAAAAAACCUUCCACACGUAGAGGUCACCUUAUUGGCCAGUUAUGAAUGUUAUGACUUCACUAGAAACUAGCUUCAUUUUUCAUUCAUUUUGCUGGAUAACCCAUUUUUGCUUGAAAUUUAUAGUCUACUCCCUGUGGGUGUGGUUUUAAACACCCACACACAGACUCUUGGUAACAUGGUCCAUGCACUCACUUUUGAGGCGAGUAAAUACACAUUACUGAAGGGAAAACUACAAGUACAACAUUUUGCAGAAAAGUGGGGGGCAACCUAUGCACGGAGCAUAGGCCUAAACAUAUGACAACUGGAGUUGUUUCACAUACUGUGUCAAAUUGAAUGCCACGACCUAUGGUACCUUAAGGGAAAGUCAAGGUCAGUUGUGUAUCAAUUCCCAAUAUUGGAAAUGUUGGAUUAAUUUGAUCUAAUUUACUUGAGGCAAAUUUAUGAUUUGUUCUCAAUCGCAAUAGUAAUUUAUCAACUAGAAAUGUUAGUUUCUAAUGUUAAAAUGUUCCUUUGGUACAGUGCACCUUAAUUAAAAUUUUCUUGUUUUGUUGUAUGUAAUUCAGUUGUUUUAAUAAACCAG